GGGAGGUAGAGGAGAAGGGCCGGUGGGGUUUGUUGUCAUCCCAAGAUGGAGUUUCUGCUGGGGAACCCGUUCAGCACCCCGGUCGGGCAGAGCCUCGAAAAAGCCACAGAUGGCUCCCUGCAGAGUGAAGACUGGACGCUUAACAUGGAAAUAUGUGACAUCAUCAAUGAGACAGAAGAAGGCCCAAAGGAUGCCAUCCGAGCGCUUAAGAAGAGGCUGAAUGGAAACAAAAACUACAGAGAAGUGAUGCUGGCUUUAACGGUACUAGAAACCUGUGUGAAGAACUGCGGCCAUCGCUUCCACGUCCUCGUUGCCAGCCGGGACUUUAUUGAUGGCGUCCUUGUGAAAAUCAUCUCUCCCAAGAACAACCCUCCCACCAUUGUCCAGGACAAAGUACUUGCACUCAUUCAGGCUUGGGCCGAUGCUUUCAGAAGCAGCCCGGACUUGACUGGGGUGGUGCACAUCUAUGAAGAGCUCAAAAGGAAAGGAGUGGAGUUCCCCAUGGCGGAUCUUGACGCUUUGUCUCCAAUCCACACACCACAGAGAAGCGUCCCUGAGGUCGACCCAGCUGCCAACAUGAACAGGUCUCAAUCCCAUCAGAGGAUGAGCUCUGGCUCCUACUCAUCUCCCUCUCCGACCACUUACUCAGCUCCUCAGGCACCGGCUUUGAACGUGACUGGCCCCAUCACCGCAAACACAGAGCAGAUUGCACGGCUGCGCAGCGAACUAGAUGUGGUUCGUGGAAACACCAAAGUGAUGUCAGAGAUGCUGACAGAAAUGGUCCCGGGGCAGGAGGAUUCAUCAGACCUUGAACUUCUGCAGGAGCUGAACCGCACUUGCCGAGCCAUGCAGCAAAGGAUUGUGGAACUCAUCUCCCGGGUGUCCAAUGAGGAAGUCACAGAAGAGCUGCUCCAUGUGAACGAUGACUUGAAUAACGUCUUCCUCAGAUAUGAGAGGUUUGAACGGUAUAGGUUGGGACGGUCCGCGCAAAACGCAAGCAAUGGGGUUCUCAGUGAGGUGACUGAAGACAACUUAAUAGAUUUGGGGCCCGGCUCUCCGGCAGUGGUCAGCCCCAUGGUUGGAAACACGGCUCCAGCAGCAACGCUUUCUUCCCAGCUUGCUGGACUUGAUCUCGGCACCAACAGCGUAAGCGGGACGCUCAGUUCCCUCCAGCAGCCCAAUACUCGUGACGACUUCGACAUGUUUGCGCAAACGAGAGGCGGUUCGGUGGCCGAUCAGCGUAAGACGGUGACCCAUGAAGACCCCAAGGCUGUUAGAGGACUGGCAUCUGCCCUGGAUGUUCGGAAACAGAAUACAGGAGGGAGGAGAGGUAAAGGUGGGAGCUCAGACAUGGAGCCAAUAGACAAGUGGCUAAUGACCCAAGGAAUGAUUCCAGUCACGCAGUCCUCUGUCAUGGAUGACAUUGAGGAAUGGCUCAGUACUGAUGUGAAAGGAGAUGAACUGGAAGAAGGAGUGACCAGCGAAGAGUUCGACAAAUUUUUAGAAGAGCGCGCCAAGGCUGCCGAAAGGAUCCCCAACCUGCCCUCGCCUCCCCAGGAGGAGCCCACGCCCCCCGCGACAAACUCCGCCAGCAAAAAGAAGCCGGAGCGCUCAGAAGAUGCCCUCUUCGCCCUGUGAGGAUCCUCCCUGCGUGCGUGGAAGGACCCAGCCCUGCGGUCAAGCUGCCCUCGUCCUGCCCGGCUUCACAGCGAGCUCCCUGGCCCUUCCUGGGUGUCCUAGACGGCCUCUUUUCUCUCUCGGAUCCAGCCCAAAUAAGCUAACUUUUUAAGAAACAUAUUUACGUCCGGCCUUGUCACUCCCGUGGCUGUUUCCUCCCCACUCGCUUAACUCUCCCUUCCUCCCCUCCAGGUCAAGAAAUGUAUGGGUUUUCCUUCUCUUUUCUCUUUUUCUUUUUUAAAAUGCAUGAGUGCAAUCUCUCUCACGCACACCUCUGAUUCAGAGUGGAGCUGUGUGGCAAUUGGCCCCAGCUUUGGUUUAGCUUUUGGCAACGUUUCUUGGGAGCCAAUCCAAAGCACACCGUUUGUGGUGCCUCCGACAGUUGUGUAGCAGGUCCCCCCCCCGAAGUCUAUGAAGAAAAAGUCCCUCACUGUACUGUCUCCCCAAAACUGCAUGGUGCAUUUCUCCUGCGUCCCUCAUAUCCCAUUUGGUGUUCUCUCUAGUUGGUCCCAGCUUAAGGUGACCUGUUGUCCCAAGCAUCCUGGGCCACCUUUUGCCUCCCUCUCCCCCCGCUAAAAGGUCUUGCUUGGACAUGUCUGCUUGGAGGGCAGCCAGCCUUCUAAUAUUAGGACCUAUGUCUGUUAGGUUGGCCAACUGGCAUCUCAGAGUGAUGCACACAUGGUCAUCCCUGUGGCACGCAAUAUCAAAAGCCUGACCCCAGACUCUCAAAACUAGACAGAUUGUCAACACAGAUUGUGUGGAGACCUCUUCCAGCAGUGAUUCUGGCUGGGCCCAUGCCUGUAUGGCAACUUUGGUAAAGCUUUUACUUCAUUUCCGGGAAGUCUGCAUGAAGCUUGGUUUAUUUGGAAGUGACGGUGGUGGGAAUGCUUGCUUUGAAAUGUCAGAAUGCCUAUUGGUUGCUGUCUUCGCAGCUGUGUGAAGUUCUGGACAGGGUUGGAGUGCUGUUUCUGUUCUGGUUGCAUGCAGCCAUUUUGCCCUUUCCUACAAUACCUUACAAGACGCUCAAUCAGAAAAGGAGGGCAUUGGACCCAUGGCAGUUGGAAUGAUCUAGCUGGCGGGUGAGUAAGGGCUGUAGAUGAGGAUCUGUCUAUAUCGGGAUACUGAUCUGGUUUGGACCCCAUUUGUUGGUUCCAGUGCCAUGUGCCUGUUGCAUCUUUGUGCUGGACGAAUGGUGCUUGUCAUUUGGGGGUGAUGAAAUGGCAUAGGUGCUUUGCAUGGCUGAGAGAGAGGUGGUUUGACCUAGGAGCAUCCCUGCUGAUCUGCCCAUCUUGCGGCUUGGGCUCCCUUUGUCCAGCGUGGGAUCCGCCAUUCCAGAAGAAGUUGCCAUGUUUCCCUUGUCGGGGUGGCACCUUUGUUUGGAAAACCCAGUAGGACCUUGGAGGCCACGUCCUGUUUUGUGACGAAAUGGACCGGUUUUGCAGGUAGCUUGAGGUACUUUUCAUUCCUCAAAGGCAUUUCACACACAACACAGUUGUAGCACUGCAAUAACACUUUCUCAGGCAUGGGCUGCAUCCUGUUAAACCUUGUGGUUUGUGGGAACACUAGCGCUCUCUGGCAGAGAAAGCCCAAUGCUGCUCCUUAAACUGCAAAUCCCAGGUUUCCGUGGGAUGCAGCCAUGGCAGUUAAAGUGGAACCAUAGUGCAAUAGUUGUGUGUUGUGAAUGAGGCCCUGAUGAGGAGUGUGCCAUUUGGAUCCAUGUGGUCUCACCAUGAUGGACAAGUAGUGCAAUGAAGGCAAGAGAGUCCUAUGCGCAGGUUUGGGAAGAAUAUCCAAACAGAUCAGAAGCUAAAAUAGUGGAGGUGGCUCUUUCUGCCUUUUGGUUAUUCCAAACUGUCUCUAUGCUGUUCAUACAAAUGUGGCGCAGAGAUCACACUAUGAGAUUACGUGGGUGAAGACAUUGUGCGUUGUGUCGGAAACACUUGCGUUAAAAAAAGGAAUCUCCUCAAAGCUUUGGGUUUUAUUCCUGGUAAUACAAUUCUGGAGAGCAUGGUGAUCUUUGUAAAAA